AUGUCAACCACCAACGAGGAAGGCAUGACCCAAAUCCCCGAGCAGCAAACAAACGAGUGGGAAGCGGAUAGCAACAAAAACGGGGCUGCGUCGAAGCAAUGCAAUUCCAAACCGGAGAUUGCAGGAGAUCGAUUUGGAAUUGACGAAGAUGACACUACAAGAUCCAAUUCCUGGAACGAGUUGCCAUGUGGCCUUGCAGCCACUCUUCUGGCAACUCUAUGCUUGAACUUGGGUCAUGUCGUAGCCGGACCCUCCGUUAAUGUUGCUAUGAAAGCUGCAUUCCCAGCUCCUCCCUAUCUCGUCGAGCUCUUAGAGACCGCCGCCGGAGAGAACGCAACAUCUUACUUCCCACUCCUCGAUCGAAUCGCCGAUGGUACCUUUGCGGAUGCGAAGACAGACAAGGAACUGUACGAGAAGUUCCUCCAAAUUUUAAAACAAGAUGGCCACAUGGAAAGCCCAGAGGCGUUGUCUACUUUCAAGCUUGCCCUCUCCAUGAGCGCCCCCCUAGGAAAAGCCAGAACCGACUGUGCUGAGUGGGUGCUCAUGAGCGGGAAUCAGUAUUGCUCAGCUUCGCUUGCGCAUGCCGACGGUCACAUCGCAGGGGACACGCAAACACGGUCGCUUCCAUUCGAUCGCGCUUUAGGAGCAGGCCCUGAAGUGAUACUAUACGCGGAUAUCGCCAAACCCGAAUUUGGGCCCUUCCAUAAAUCCCUAUCCGAGAUGGCCCGAAAAGGGGAGGUUUCGUACCGGUUAAGAUAUCGCGUCGACCAAACCGAGGAACGAGAAGCGCUGCCGGUCAGCGGGUACGGUGUGGAGCUUCAGCUGAAGCGGACAGACUAUAUUGUCAUUGACGACCGCGAAGCCGAAUCCGAGACGAGUUCGGCCGCUAAGUCCGCACCUACUGAAGUCGUACUCGACGGGGAAGAGGACGUAACAGACCUAAAGCCGCUGUCAAGUUCUGAAUUGGCAUCGUUGGGUCUCAAAGCCGGUUCUUUUAUCAUGCAAAGCGAUGACCCUUUCCAAACAUUGAUCAAGUUGACUCAAGACUUCCCGAAGUUCUCUACCUCGGUCGCCGCACAUAACGCUUCGGACGCUUUCGUUAAGGAGCACCGCCAGAAUCGAGCCCUGAGCGUACCUGCCGGGAUGAAUGUCCUCUGGAUGAACGGCGUCCAGCUGAUCGAACGACAAAUCGAUCCGUUCACUCUCGUCAACAGCAUUCGGCGGGAAAGAAAGCUUAUCGAGGGAGUAACAAGUUUGGGCUUGAGCGGAAAAGAAGCCGUGUCCCUACUUGGUCAUCGCGAAGUAACAUUGGCCAAGUCGGACGACGAGCCUCGUAGAUUCGACUGGCGGGACGAAAUCGAGGAGGGCCGCGUCAUUAUCUGGUUGAACAACAUCGAGAAGGACAAGCGAUACGCCGAGUAUCCUAAGAGUCUUAUGGCUCUUAUGCAAAGGACCUAUCCUGGGCAGAUUCCUCCGAUCCGCAAGGAUAUAUUCAACCUAGUCAUCCCGGUUGACUUGACCAAGCCAGAAGAUCUAUCCUUAGUUGUUGAGCAACUUCAAGCUUUCAUAAAAAGGCUACUCCCCGUCCGCUUCGGAUUGGUACCGUUAACACCAACGAAGACAGCCGAAGAGCGAGCGAAGGUAGCCUAUUAUCUGCUAGAGAACUACGGAUUAUCCAGCCUCAUCUCCUAUCUAGAGGCUUGCAGCACUGGUGACCGCUCUGAACAGGCAUACUUUGACAAGGCAAUUAAAAACCGCACUACGAAAGACGAAGUCGCACCUCUUUCAUUCAAGGAUAUCCUCGAAUCAGAGGACCACGCCAAACAAAUCAAGCUUGUAAAUCAUUGGGUAGAGCGACUCAACGCUAAUACAGAAGUGCCUCCACUGUUUCUUAACGGUCUAGCCAUACCGCGGGAAGACAAUUGGCUUCAAGUCAUGAGCAUGAGGAUGGGCACCGACCUACAGCUAGUCCAACAGGGAAUCUUCACGGGCACGGUCGACGACGAGACGUGGAUUCCGCAGCUCUUCCUAGAGGGUGCAGCAACUCGACGCAAUCUCUACAUCUACCCCGACGGCGAGAAUACUCUCAUCGUAUUAGACGUAAAUAAGCUCUACUCCGAACACAACGAUCUGUUUGAACGGGUUCCAGUUAUCGAAGCGGGCGAAGACACGAGCAAGGAGACCUGGGCUACUCUGACAGUUGUUGCCGAUCUGAGCUCGCAGCGAGGUCUCCGUCUUCUCCUAUCUGCCUUAUCAUUCCGGCGUAACAACCCCGGAGUGCGUCUCGACAUUGUCAAUAACGCUUUGAAAUCGAGCAGCGCACACGAGAUCAACGCGCUGCUCAAGAAGGACGUUGCCAAACUCUUGGAAGUUGAAAAUCUGGAGACGCUAGAAGUCCUCUUAUCGGGCCCAGCUGACGUGCAGGACGACGGAUAUAAUGCAGCGUUGUCGCGUUUCCUAACAGCCGCAGCCGUCGCCCCAGGUGCAGAGUUUCUCAUCCUCAACGGUCGUGUGGUCGGCCCAUUCGUCGACGAGUCGGGAUUUACAGAGAAUGACUUCGAGCUGCUGCUUGAGUUCGAGCAGGAAACAAGAAUACUCCCGGUGUAUAAGGCAGUUGACGCUCUGGGUUUGGCAGACAAGAUUACACAUCCUCUAACUGCCGCGAAGCUCACGUCAAUAACUGCUCUAUCUACUAUAUCAGACCUUCCAGAAGGAAUUUUCGAAUCCGCCCCGACGCUAAGAACGGCUCUAUUCGACGCGUGGAACUCCACCCACACGAUGAUCGACGUCGGUGAUGCGUCCACGGCUAAUAUCCACUUCGUUGCCGUGAUCAACCCUGCCAGCGAGAUAGGACAGAAGUGGGCUCCUAUACUCAAGGUUCUGUCCCAGCUAGACGGUGUCUACAUGCGCAUCUUCUUGAACCCGAAAGAAAAGAUCGAAGAGCUACCGGUUAAAAGAUUCUACCGCUACGUCUUAGACUCGGCGCCAUCCUUCGACGAAGAUGGAAAGGUCAGCGCUCUGAGCGCGAUAUUCAAGGGACUUCCUUCAGAAGCUCUUCUCAAUCUCGGUAUGGACGUGCCGCCUGCCUGGCUAGUAGCAGCGAAGGUUUCAAUUCACGAUUUGGAUAACGUGAAGUUGAGCUCCAUCAAGACAGACGUAGAAGCCACUUACGAACUCGAGCACAUCCUCAUCGAAGGUCACUCACGAGAAGUAUCGGGCGGUCCGCCUCGUGGCGUCCAGCUAUUGCUCGGCACCGAACUUGAUCCCCAUUUCGACGACACGAUCAUCAUGGCCAACAUCGGCUACUUCCAGUUCAAAGCCAAUCCCGGGUAUUACAAUAUACACCUUAAGGAAGGAAGGAGCUCGGAAAUUUUUGAUAUCAUCAGCGUGGGCGCAAAGGGAUAUAACCCCGUCCCCGGCGACGAAGGUACCGAAGUUGCUCUCAUGGACUUCCAGGGUACGACUCUAUACCCGCGGCUGGAAAGGAAGCCGGGCAUGGAGCUAGAAGAUGUCCUCGAAGAAAGCGCUUCUGAUAGCGGCGACGAUCUCCUCUCUCGCGGUCUCAAAUUUGCCGAAGGAAUCCUCGGGACGAAGCCCAAGCCCAAGUCGGUCUCGAACGAAGAACACGCCGAGAUCAACAUCUUCUCCGUGGCGAGCGGUCACCUAUACGAGCGCAUGCUCAACAUCAUGAUGGUCUCCUUCCUGUCUCCGUCCUUCAAAGAAUUCAUACCCCACUUAGCUAAGGAGUACGGCUUCAAGUACGAAAUGGUUACGUACAAGUGGCCGCACUGGCUCCGCCAACAGAAAGAGAAGCAGCGCGAAAUCUGGGGCUACAAGAUCCUAUUCCUGGACGUCCUCUUCCCCUACCUUGUCAAUCUUGACCUACAGGGCGCGCCCUACGGCUUUACGCCAAUGUGCGACUCUCGCACCGAGAUGGAGGGCUUCCGCUUCUGGAAGCAAGGCUACUGGAAGAAUUACCUCCGUGGGAACCCCUACCACAUCUCAGCCCUCUACGUGGUCGACCUUCGCCGCUUUAGGCAGCUAGCCGCGGGCGAUAGGCUCAGGCAGCACUACCAUCAGCUAUCGGCCGAUCCGGGCUCCCUCUCCAACCUCGACCAGGACCUACCAAACCACAUGCAAUUCGUGAUCCCGAUCCACAGCCUGCCGCAAGAGUGGCUGUGGUGCGAGACGUGGUGCAGCGACGAGAGCCAGAAAGAAGCGCGAACCAUCGACUUAUGCAACAAUCCGCAGACCAAAGAGCCGAAACUCGACCGAGCUAGGAGGCAAGUUCCGGAAUGGACCGUGUACGACGACGAGAUCGCCGCCGUAGAUCGACGGAGGAGAGGAUUAGUCACGGAUGGCGACACCCAGAAGGUGCUUACUAUUGGUAGCGACGAAAGGAACACUAAGAGCAGGACGCUCGAGGAGAAGCCUGACGUAAAGACGAGGACGAAGGAUGAAUUAUAA